AUGUUUCGCGACAUCUUUGUUCUCGAGGAGAGUGCCCCCGACGAGGCUCAAGUCCUUCACGCCCUUGGGGCCUUCCCGGACCUCGACAAGUUGUCUGACAUCGUUCUUGACUGCUUAGAGAAGGCCAUUGUAUCUGGCCAGCCAUCGGAACUACAAUGUGUCGUAGAUCAGCUAUCCGACCAGGUUGUGGUCUCUCUGGUGGACUCCAUUCCUGAAGCCGGCAAGCUUUAUCUACUUGAUCACGGACGACGUUCAAAAGCGCAUCGGAGACGCCUGCAAGAUAGCUUCGGCUGGGCUGGUGCCCCCCAAGACCACCGAGAAGCUG